AAACCCAUAUUGCCACAUCAGCCUUCCUUCAUCAAAUCAAACUCUUUCCUAUCCUUCAAAACUGCCAAUCUGUUUCUCUAACCACAUACCCCCUCUUCUUCAUUUUUCUGUUCUCAACCUUCUCCUUCGAAAAAACUAACCAAAACCCAUUUCAUGUCACCUCCCAAAACUAGCUAAGGUCCUCUCUCUCUCUAUCUCUCUCCAAACCAUCUCAAACUAAGAGAGAGAAAAUGGCAGCCUGCAUCCAAUCCCUCUACUCCACUUGCUCAGUCUCAGCACCCACAAAAACCCACUUGGGAUUUCACCAGAAACAGAUAGUUUUCUACAGAACAAGCAAGCAAAACAGCAGGAGAGAGAGUACAAGCACCACCAUAACAUGCUCAGCUCAGGAAAAGACAGUGGUGAUAGGUUUGGCAGCUGACUCAGGUUGUGGGAAGAGCACCUUCAUGAGGAGGAUGACAAAUGUGUUUGGAGGGGCUGCUGAGCCACCAAAGGGUGGGAAUCCAGACUCCAACACACUCCUCAGUGACAUGACCACUGUGAUUUGUUUGGAUGAUUAUCACUCACUUGAUAGGACUGGUAGGAAAGAGAAGGGGGUCACUGCACUGGACCCUAGAGCCAAUGACUUUGAUCUCAUGUAUGAGCAAGUUAAGGCUAUCAAGGAUGGUGUUGCUGUUGAUAAGCCUAUUUAUAAUCAUGUCACUGGUCUUCUUGACCCUCCUGAGCUCAUCAAGCCUCCUAAGAUCCUUGUCAUUGAAGGGUUGCACCCAAUGUAUGACGAACGUGUAAGGGACCUCUUGGACUUUAGCAUCUACUUGGACAUCAGCAACGAGGUUAAAUUCGCCUGGAAAAUUCAGAGGGACAUGGCUGAGAGAGGACACAGUCUUGAGAGCAUCAAAGCAAGUAUCGAAGCCCGAAAGCCAGAUUUUGAUGCCUACAUUGAUCCACAGAAGCAAUAUGCAGAUGCAGUGAUAGAAGUGUUGCCAACCCAACUCAUUCCAGAUGAUAAUGAAGGGAAGGUUUUGAGAGUGAGGUUGAUAAUGAAAGAAGGUGUGAAGUUUUUCAGCCCAGUCUACCUUUUUGACGAAGGCUCCACCAUCUCAUGGAUACCCUGUGGGAGGAAACUCACUUGCUCCUACCCUGGCAUCAAGUUUUCCUAUGGUCCCGACGCUUACUUUGGUCAUGAGGUCUCUGUCCUGGAGAUGGAUGGUCAAUUUGACAGAUUAGAUGAACUCAUUUAUGUUGAGAGCCAUCUCAGUAACAUCUCUACCAAGUUCUAUGGUGAAAUUACCCAACAAAUGUUGAAGCACUCCGAUUUUCCCGGCAGCAGCAAUGGAACUGGUCUCUUCCAAACCAUAGUCGGCUUGAAGAUCAGAGACCUGUACGAGCAAAUCGUAGCCAAUCGGGCUGCAGCUCCAUUGGAAGCCACAAAAGCCUAAAGAGAGUCUUAUAUAUUAAGCCAAGGCACCACACUCAUCUCAAAUUAUCCCUCUCCCCAAUCAGCAUUUUCCUUCAGAUUCCCCUCCGUCUGAUGUUUCUAGUUGAGUGUUAGGAUAUACUCAUAAGAAUGAGAAACACUCCAUUUGUAUAUUUAUAAUUGGAACUUUGUGGAGAUUUGUAAUAUAUAGAAGCAAAAAAAGAAAUAAAAUUGAGUUGAGAAGA